UCUGUGUGGUAGUACUCUAUUCACAAGGAAAAAGGAAAAGGGAAAAAUAGCAAUUACAACAACCCAUUUGGAUCCCAAUCCAAAACCACCAGAUCAACCCGAACAUUAGAAGUCAAACCCGCCUUUAAACCCAUCUUCUUCCCAUCCCCUAAGAAACUUCAAUUCUGAAAUCUGAAGGCGACCUAGUUCUCUCCCUCUCUCUAUAAAUGCUUAUGCAUUUAAGGGAUCUUUUGAUUGCUGUGCCCCAACUAGUGAAGAUCAGUCAAUGCAUAUCAAAGGUUGAUCUUGGUGCAUGAUCUAGCACUAGGUCAGACGGUUGAUAUGGAAGCUGUGAACGGUAAACAAUUGGGCCAUCUAUAUGAAAAUAUUAGCAGCUUUUUUCGCCAAUGUAUAUUUUCCGUGCUUUCUGUGGGUCCUGUUCCUAGUCAUAUUGCUUUCAUUAUGGAUGGAAACCGUAGAUAUUCCAAGAAACAGAACUUGCUAGAUGGGGAUGGACAUAGGGCUGGAUUUUCAGCUCUUAUCAACAUGCUAAGAUACUGUUACGAGCUUGGUGUAAAAUAUAUAACUGUUUAUGCCUUCAGCAUUGACAACUUCAGACGAAGUCCUGAAGAAGUUGAAUCCCUAAUGAAACUGAUGCAGGAAAAGAUUGAUGAAUUAAUUAAAGAGGAGAGCAUUGCAAACCGCCUUGGGAUUAGGAUUUACUUUCAAGGAAACCUAAAACUUCUGAGCGCCCCUGUCAGGUCAGCAGCUGAGAGGGCUAUGGUAAAGACAGCAGGUCAUUCAAAAGCUGUAUUAUCUGUUUGUGUUGCCUACACUUCAACGGAUGAGAUUGUGCAUGCUGUUCAAGAAUCUUGUGAAGAAAAAUGGGAUGAGAUUAGAAAACGAGAUGCAAACAAUGCUGGAGGCUAUUUAAUUGGACUCGAAGAAAAUGGGAAGGACAAGGAUGACCAUCUUAUUGGUGUAACGAAUGUUGACAGACAUAUGUACAUGGCAGUUGUUCCUGAUCCAGACAUUAUUAUACGGACUUCUGGAGAGUCUCGGUUAAGCAACUUUCUUUUGUGGCAGAGUGCAAAUUGUCUUCUUUAUUCUCCCACUGCACUAUGGCCUGAGAUAGGUUUGAGGCAUUUGGUUUGGGUAGUGUUAGACUUCCAGAGAAACUACUUGUAUUUGAAGGAGAAAAAGAAGCAGGCAUGAGUUAGAAGUAAAAGCUCUUUAGCAACUUCUAAUCAUGCUGCGAUUUUGUGUUGCAGCUCCAUUUGUAUAAUGCAGUUCCAGUCUACCAAAUAUGUAAGCAUGCAUUAGGACUGCUGUUUAUUGCUCUUUCUCUUUAGAUAUAGUCAGUAGCUUGUCAUUUGGUGGUAGAAAAAUCAAAUACAGUAUGUAAUGAAAGGCUGAAAGCUAUACGGGAUACACCCUGAUAGCAAGCAUAUUGUAGUUUGGGCACUGAGCUCUGGGCUUGGAAGUUGUUGUAUCAAUGAGAAGUUAAUUAUCACGGAUCAAACGUUUUACCCACUUGUAGCCUGUAGAUUUUGGAUUCUUAGGGACUAUUUAAGCGUUCCAACUCAGAUGAUUGGUUUCAGCUAAGUUUGAUUAGAGCUUCAUCCAAAGUAACUUUUUUGUUUCCUCUAUAUAUGGAGCUUCCAGUUUGCCUCAUAGCAGAAGAAAUCAGGGGUUAGGCCUUCAGCGUUGUGUAAUUUAACAAACCCAAUAAACAGCAGUUGAGAUGAACUUUUGAAGCCACAGAUAGAUUUCAUCUCCUCUAACUACUCCAAUGCUCCGUUUUGAUGCAGAAGUUUCCGAGGAUAAGAAAAGUGGUUUCCGAGGAACAGCCUUUCAUGCUUUUGACGCUGAAGUUAUACAUUUUUUUUAAAGAAAGAGAGAGGAAAAAGGUGUGGAAAAUGUUAACAAUAUUUAGUAAGUCAAUAAAGGUGAGAGAAAAAAGAGAAAUUCCCCAUGAAAAACUGGUAGGCUUCAUCACUCUCACUCUCUCCGGUCUACCUAUGUUACCUUAUUAUCUAUCUUUUCCUUGCCUUGCAUGGUGUAAAAUAUCAGGUUGCAGCAUAUAGGUUCCACUAGAGUUGGUCAACAACGGAUGAUCCCCUUGACAGGUUUGAGCAGAUUGGGAAAGAUCUUUACAGAGAACUCAUUACCCUAAGCACUUCUAAGUUUCGUUCCUAUCAACUUUAUACAUAGCUCAUCUUAAGCACUUGUGAAUCUCAGUCUCUAUCAACUUUUGGUGUCUAACUCUAACCACAGACUUUUGACAUCGUCUGGAAGUGUUUCUAAAUGACAUUGUGAGUUUAUGAUCCUCCGGGUAGAACCAUUGAGAAUCAUUGAAGGCAAAGGGGACAUGAUUAAUUGUGAUUCUUGUUUCUAUCUCAGGCAAGCUGUUCAGAUAAUCGCUAAAAGACAUAUUUGUUCAA